ACCCAUAUCACCACCACGCAAUGUUGGACAUUAACCAGUUUAUACCAGAUAAGGGUGGAAACCCUGAAGAAAUUAAGGAGUCUCAAAGAAAGAGAGGUGACUCUGUAGAAGUUGUCGACGAAAUUAUUGCUGACUACAAGGAGUGGACCAAAAUCAGAUUCGACUUGGACGAAGUGAACAAGAAGACCAACAAGUUGCAAAAGGACAUCGGACAAAAAUUUAAAAAGAAGGAAGAUGCCAGCGAGUUAUUGAAGGAGAAGGACCAGUUGAUUGAAGAAAAGAAGCAGUUGAUUGAGGCCGAACAAAAGGCUGAUAAGGCCUUAAGAGCCAAGGUCAAUACUGUUGGUAACAUUGUCCACAAGUCAGUAGUGGUUUCUCAAGACGAAGCCAAUAACGAGUUAGUCAAGCUCUGGAAACCAGAAGGAUUGGAAGAAAUCACACAGGUUGCUGCUGCCACCAACAAGCCUGCCAAGUUGUCUCACCACGAAGUGUUGUUGAGAUUGGAUGGAUAUGACCCAGAAAGAGGUGUGAGAAUAGUUGGACACCGUGGUUACUUUUUGAGAAACUACGGGGUAUUCUUAAACCAAGCUAUGAUCAACUAUGGGUUGAGUUUCUUGGCCAAGAACGACUACACUCCAUUGCAAGCUCCAGUCAUGAUGAAUAAAGACGUUAUGGCCAAGACUGCUCAAUUGUCUCAAUUCGACGAGGAAUUGUAUAAGGUACUGGAUGGACCAAGAGAAGAAGAUGAAAAGUAUUUGAUUGCUACCUCAGAACAACCCAUCAGUGCAUACCAUGCCAACGAAUGGUUUGAGUCUCCUCAAGAACAAUUACCCGUGAGAUAUGCUGGAUUCUCUUCUUGUUUUAGAAGAGAAGCUGGUUCCCACGGAAAAGAUGCAUGGGGUAUCUUCAGAGUUCAUCAGUUUGAAAAAGUUGAGCAAUUUGUAUUGGCAGAACCUGAAAAGUCUUGGGAAGAAUUCGAUAGAAUGAUCAGAUUAAGCGAGGAAUUCUACCAAUCUUUGAAAUUGCCUUAUAGAGUGGUUGGUAUUGUUUCAGGAGAAUUGAAUAACGCGGCUGCCAAAAAGUACGAUUUGGAAGCUUGGUUCCCAUACCAAAAGGAGUACAAGGAAUUGGUUUCUUGUUCCAACUGUACCGACUAUCAGUCCAGAAACUUGGAGAUCAGAUGUGGUAUUAAACAGCAAAACCAAACUGAAAAGAAGUACGUGCACUGUUUGAAUUCUACGUUGACUGCCACUGAAAGGGCCUUGUGUUGUAUUUUGGAAAAUUACCAAACUGAAGACGGAUUGGUGGUUCCAGAAGUGUUGAGAAAGUACAUCCCUGGAGAGCCCGAAUUCUUGCCAUUUGUUAAGGAAUUGCCAAAGAACUCUACUUCUAACAAGAAAAAGUGAGGGCACCCAGUAGAUAUUUUAAUAUAAUUAUUUCCCAUUAUACGAAUAUAAUCAUAGUGGCAAUAUUACUGCAGGGCUCAUUCUUGACCGGC